UCAGCCGAAGUCCUCUUUUUUGUAUACCUACAGAAAAAUUCUAGCAAAACACGAAGAAAACAAGUUAUGGGUUCAGUUGAAAACAAGCAUCUCCGGCUCCCCCUGAUCGAUUUCUCCGAUUUAGAUCCACAAAACCCAGCAACCCAAAAAUGGGCCAUCGCAAGAUCCCAAAUUUCACAGGCCUUGGAGGCCCACGGCUGCUUCGAGGUCAUCUACGAUCGAGUCGGGCCUGAGCUCCGACAAGAGCUCUUUGGGAGAGUGAUGCCUGAGCUCUUUGAUCUUCCACUGGAGGCUAAGCAGAAGAAUUCUUCUUGUUUUGGGAAGUAUACGGGUUACAUUGGUCAAAUACCUGGAUUGGCUUAUGAGAGCUUGCGUGUGGAUGCUGCAGCUACAGUCGAAGGGCUUCAGGGAUUUGAAAGGCUCUUGUGGCCUCAAGGCAAUCCAAGAUUCUGCAACACAGUAUGGACCUAUGCAAAGCAUAUGCAGGAGUUAGCAAAGAUGGUUCACAGAAUUGUCCUCGAGAGUUUGGGCGUAGAGAAGUAUUAUGAUUAUCACAUUCAACCGAAAACAUCUGCACUUCGUUUCUCAGAGUACGAUGUUCCCUUGGAUCAAGAAACAAAGACCGGAAUGUUUGGCCACUUGGAUCCAAAUAUGUUGACCAUAAUCUGCCAACAUAAAGAAGGGCUCGAGGUCCAAACAAAGGAGGGUGAAUGGAUUCAUGUUGUCCCUUUAACAAACUCCUUCACCGUCUUGAUUGGGGAAGCAUUUAAGGUAUGGACCAACGGAAAAUUCCAACCUCCCAUCCAUCGUGUGAACAUGAUUGGGGAUGAGAAAAGAUAUUCUGUUCUUUUUGCGACACGACCGAGUGAUGACUAUUUACUGGAACCUCUAGAAGAGCUAGUUGAUGGUGAUCAUCCUUUGCUUUUUAAGCCUUUAAAGUAUAAAGACUACAUAACUUUUCGUUACUCUGAAGAAGGAAGAAAAUGCAAGAACCCAUUGGAAGGUUAUUGUGGAGUUAGGAGUAAAGUGGAAGCCUAAAACAAUUUACAGUGUUUCUUCUCUGAGAUUACCGGUAUUAGGCAACAACUAUUUGGCAGCAGCUCUAUCGAUUAUUUCAUGAAGAUAUAUGACGUCCGUGUUCCACUUACAAAGUAAGUAGACUGGAUAUUGACAUUUGGUUUGAUUUGCAAUACCUAUAAUGUGUACUUACACAUUAACCAUGUUCCAAUCCUAUUGUGAAAUCAUAUGCUUCUGUAUAAUUACUAUA